AUGAGAAGACCUAAUGGCCGCAGAAGAGUUGACAUUGUGAGGAUGCAAAAUCGAAUGAACUUACAAGUAACAUUUUCCAAACGGCGUACUGGCAUAUUUAAAAAGGCAAGUGAACUCUCUACUUUGUGUGGUGCUCAUGUUACUCUUAUAACUUAUUCUCCUAGCAACAAAGUAUAUUCAUGUGGGCACCCUUCGGUCGAGUUCAAUAUAGAUAGAUUUCUUGGAGUGAAUCCUCCACCUGACAGUGAUGCUCCAAAUCCCAUCAUUGUAGCUCAUCAAAAUGCCAAUGUUCGUGAGCUCAAUAGGAAGCUAAAUAAUUUGGAGAGUUUACUCGAAAAAGAAAGAAAACAUGGAGAAGCUCUUGAAGCAUUGAGGACAGAACCUUCACAUGAAACACUCAGCUUUCUUGACCUUAAAAGCUUGAGUGAGGCCUUGGAAGCUGCGGGUGAAGAACUUGAAAGAGUAGCGAGCCAAAAUAAGGAGUGUGGUAUUGAAUAUCCAUAUCAGACCCUUGGAAGUGCUUUCGCUCCUUUAAGAGUUACGGAAAGCACUUCGGCUGAUUCCAAUGAAGGGCCAUCUGAAUCUAGCAGACCCUGUGGUGCUGGAUCUGGAAAUAGAGCUGGUGUUAGGGAUGGAAUUGGAGAUGGUGCUUGCUACAUCUCAUAUAUAGUAGCUAAAAUUAGGGGCUUUCCAAAAUAUGCCAAGUUUGUCAAAGAUAUUAUGGCCAACAAGAGAAGUAAGCUGAAUUUGAAGUGGUUGAGAAGCUUCCACCACCGGUUUCAGUGA